CGUGCCCCGAACUCAGUUGCAUCGAGACUAUCGCCGAGUGUGGAAGUGCUAUCAGUGCGUUAAUAAAGCUUUCGUUGCUGUUCUAAGGGACAGACCGCGUAUGGGAGUAUCGUUAUUAAAUUGAUUGAGUGUGCAAUAAGAAGUGACCUUUGUCACGUUCGUCUUAAGGGAUCAAUCUUGGCGAACGUAAAUAACGCAUCUGCGUGCAGUGUUGUUUGGGAUUGGAAGAGUGGAUUUAAAACUUCUUUGCUGUCUGUUAAUUGAAAGGAAUGCCCUUUAACUGCAGUCGUGACUGUGUUGGUAUUAGAUACCGCAUCAACUCCCUGCACCAGACCUGGAAGUGGCUGCACCAGACCAUCGCCCUGCACGAGUAUCUCAUCUCUAUGACCGUUUCCGAGACGGACGUCUCCUUCGAUCAGUGCCCGGCUCAGCAGUUCCAGUGCCAGUAA